AUGGCCCUGGAGUCAAUUCCAGACGAAGACCGGUACUUCCGUCCAUCGCGCUACGUACUGGCGCGGAUUGUGUAUUGGUUGUCGACGUUCUACUCCACACUGGAUCUACUUGUGACAGUGUGCUGGCUCUCAUGGAUGCUGUGCGAGCUCAUCGAGGUGAAGAACAGUUGCAGGGUCCUCUGUCGCAGCAGCAAGGGCACUAAAGAAAAGGGCUCCAGUAUUUUCGACAAACGGCGGCCUCUGAUUGUGACAAUCUGGUCUCCCGAGACCAUUCAGAAGUAUGAAGAAAUGAAUCAGCGGCAAAUGAAGUAUGAUUACUAUCGACUCAAGUACUGGCGGUUUUCAUUGUGCUGCUUCAGGAGAAUGCAGCUGUCGUGCUUCAUGCGCGUCGCGUCCCAGUUUAAAGAGAUGUUGGACACAUUGGAAGGCGCUGGAGGGAUUGGAGGAUCAGGAGACGAUGCGAGUACGCAGACGCAGCUGCACGGAGAGAGUCGAUCAGUCGAUGGACUUUUCAAGCAGUUGGCCAAGACUUACACAUACUAUCUGGAAGUGUUUCAUGCUCAGCGCCGACUGACACACGCAAUCGACGACUACGACUUGUUGCUGAAGAACGCCGAGCUUCCGAUGGUAGCAGUUUUCUUCGUAGGGGUAUUUAAAUACCCUUUCGAGGUGAUGGUGCUGGAGAAAGACGCAGCCAUCUUGGACGGAGUUUUCCACGCCAACGUUACUGUCAUCAAGGAAGCUCUCCGUCGGGACGACUUGCGUCUUGAUAUUUACGACGCGCAAGGAGAUAAAAGCUUCAAGAAGUCAACGCGAUCAAAAGCUAAUGCUGCUGCUGCAGUUACUUUUGUUAUUCCCAACACCACUGAUGUACGUCAAUCAACAACGAAUGGAUGA